GAAGAAGAAGAAGAAGAAGAUUGUAAGAGUAUUAUUAAAGAGGAGAAGAGAAGAGAAGAGAUGAGUUGUUCUCCAGGGGUAACAAUAGGUUCGUUUGGAAAAGGAUUAGGGGAAGAGGGGUUGACGGGAUUUUCAUUUGGAGUAGAAGAAGAAAAGCCUAAGGAGGGGCCGAAAUUACUUCCUAAUGGGAUUUUGAAUGAGGAGGAAGGGGUGAUUCGAGAUCGUCAAAAUGAGGCGAAUUAUGUGGAAGGAGAGGGGGCUAAAAUUAUGAUUCGAAAUGGACUUCCUAAGGAUAUUACGUCGCGGGAAUUAGCGGGGUUAUUUUUUUUCUCUAAAGGAUAUCUUGAUAGUCAAGUGAUAUAUAUGAAUGGGUCGGAAGUGGGGGCUAUAGUCCAAUUUGAAUCACUUGAAACGGCUAUAACAGCAAAGGAAUUUUUGAAUGGGAAGGUUUUGGAUAAGUUAGGAUCACCAUUAUCGGUGGAUAUUGUUCCGAUAUUUAAACGGACGUCAUCAUCGUCAUCAGUAUCAUCGUAUGUUCAAAAAAAUUAUCCAUCCGCUACAUUAUCAUCAUCGUCGAAAUCAUCGUCGAAAUCAUCAGGAUCGUCGGCUUCAUCACAUCCACACCAUCCUCAAACUAGUCGGUUUGCACAAUACUGUAGUAGUUCGAGUAAUAUAAAGAAUAAUGAUUUGAUGAAUAGUUUUUAUGGUAUUACGAAUACCUUCUCUUUACCAAUGAUGGAAAAUACAGCGGAUAAUGCAUGGUCACCAGCAUCACCAGGGUUUUCAUAUUCUUCCCUUGGUGUUCAUCCUGUUACGAAUCCGCCAGUACCGAGUGCUAAUAAUACCAUAUCUGAAUCGGUUCAUAAAAAUACACCUAUUAAUGAAAACAUGGAAGAAUGGAGAUUCCAGCAGCAAUAUCAACCUGCUGAAAAUGCAAAUGAAUCUCCUUCUCAACCUCCUGUAUCACGUCUUUCGAAUUCUUUAGUCGUUAAUAUGCAGAAUAUGUCACCAAAUGGAUCAUCUUAUGUAGGAUCAAAUGUUAUAUCACCAAAUCGUCAUAAAUCUGCCGUACAGAAUCAUCGAUUUUCCCAAAAUAAUAAUGCAUUGUCUUCCAUUGCUAGUUCAUCUAGUGGGCAUUCUUCUUUGAUGAUGUCUCCUCAGGCAAGUCAUUUUGUACCGAGUUCUCCGAAUGGCUUUGUAAAUAGUCCUAAAAUUCAAUCCCAUGUUGUUGGAUUAAAUGGUAUGCAAGUAACGGAUCCUUCAAAUCAUUCUUAUUAUAUGAAUUCAUCUUUUGGUUAUGGUUAUCCAAAUCAUUUUAGAGGUUCUAUUCCAUUUAGCACAAAUCCUGCUGAUCAAAAUCCUCCUUGUAAUACUCUUUAUGUCGGGAAUCUUCCUUUAAGUACAUCUGAAGAUGAACUUAGGAAUUUGUUUUCAAGGCAGCCCGGUUAUCGUCGAUUAUGUUAUCGUACUAAAUCAAAUGGCCCCAUGUGUUUUGUCGAGUUUGAAGAUGUAGGCUAUGCAAUGAAGGCAUUAAGCUUGUUGCAAGGUGUUUGUUUAUCUAGUUCUGUUAAAGGGGGAAUACGACUCAGUUUUAGUAAAAAUCCUCUUGGCGUCCGAAGUAACGCAAAUCCAAAUUUAUUAGUUAAUCAUUAUGGCAUGCAUAAUAAUGGCUUUUCGCCCUCCAUUCAUACUCAUUCAGGGUUUUCUAUGCCUUCAUGGUCCGGCAUGAAUCAACAAUUACUCGGAAAAUAGAUUCUUUUAUUAGUUUCUACGAUUUUUUUUUACAACUUUCUUUUU